AACUAUUAUAUGGAAAAAAAUUAUAUAUUUAUGUAAUUCAUAAAUAAUUUUAGAAAACCGAUUUCAAUAAUAUACUGCGUACCUUUGUUUGUAUGAAUUUGAGUCCCAUCCAUUUUCUUUAGUCUUGUUUUUUUUGAGAAGAUAUAGACUAGAGCGUGGAUUCUAAACCGCGUUAUAACUUGUAACUUGUUGCUGUAACUUGUUCAGUCCCAAUGCAAGUAAAGAUUUCUGCAUAAGGUAACAGGUAAUCAGGAAAUAAAAAUCAAAAAUUAUGAAUAAGAAAUUAUUGCUUCUGAUGUGCCUCUGAUAUACAAUAACGUGAUAACGAUGAGUCAACGGUUGAUUCUUAUCGCUAUUUCACACAUUAUUGUAUCAGAAACUCAUCAAAGGCGGUAAUUUUUAUUCAUAAUUUCUGGUUUUUAUUUCUAUUGUCUGUUGCCUCGCAUUCUGCAAAGACCUUAAGAAAAUCGUUGUAUAUCUAAUAAAGUAUUUAAUUUGUUUAAAUCGCAAAGAGUCGUUUCGAUAUAUUAAGUCUACUACGAGCCACGAUAGAAUUCGCUAUCAAAUAUUAUCACAAGCCAGGAGGAGAAAACACUUCUCCACAAACACGAUGACACAAGCUACACCAAAUUAAGUAAGAAGAAUAUCUAAUGCAGUUAUUGCUUCAUACUAAUUAUACAUUCAUUGCUAAUUAUACAUAAUAUAUUUUAACAUAUUCAAAUCACAAUCUAUUUUUCCGACAAUACUUAAUUGUAAUUGGUCAGUUUCUUACGGUUUAAAGAUUAAAUCUACAUUCUAGAUUCAAUGCGAUACACAAGUUGUGUAAGAAAAAUACUAGCAUAUAAAUAUACAGGAAGUGCUAUACAUGCGAAUAGUUGUCUCUAACGAUUUGUGUCGGUAGUAUUGCUGUUUAGCCGAUAAUAAAAAAGGUUAACAAAGAAAUCGUGAAAAGAGAUUUUCAAACAACUUUGCCAUGGAAUACUGGUCGAUAUUCCUAUCAAUAGUGAUCGGUGUAUUCAGCAUUUUUUAUUUUUUUAGAAAAUUUAAUUUUUUUCAAAGAAAUGGUCUCAUACACGUACCGCCUAUUCCAAUAUUUGGUUCCAUGACAUCGUUUAUAUUUGGUCGCACAUCAUUCGUCGAUUUAUGUCAGAAGAUAUACAUUUUCAAUCCUGACGCAAAGUAUUAUGGAUUCUACGCCGCGACAAGUCCAAUAUUUUUGAUUCGUGAUCCGGACCUCAUUAAGUCCAUGCUUGUCAAGAAUUUUGAAGCAUUUCCAAACCGAAAAGGUUUCUCUGAAAAUGAUCUUUUACUUGCAAAAAAUUUAUCGUCUCUUCGUGGGGAAAAGUGGCGAAAUGUGAGAACUAUAUUGAGUCCAUCUUUUACGUCCAGCAAGAUGAAAAUGAUGUUCACAUUGAUGUCGGAGUGUGCCGAGGAUUUUACUAAAUUUCUAUCGACAUUGCCGGAGGAUAAAUGUGAAAUAGACACAAAAGACGCUUUCUCUAAAUAUACAAAUGACGUCAUCGCUACAUGUGCCUUUGGAAUGAAGAUCAACUCUAUGAAAGAUCCAACAAACAAGUUCUACGUUAACGGCAAGGAAUCGACUAAUUUUGUGAGGGGCUCCUUAAAGUUUCUUUUGCUUAGAUCUUUUCCGAGUCUCGGGAAAAUUUUCAACAUAAAGCUCAUAGAUGAUGAAAUAGUGAAUUUCUUUAAAGACAUUGUAAAGACUACGAUCGCUAGACGUGAUGCGGAGCACAUUACACAUCCGGACAUGCUGCAGUUGAUGAUAGAUAUCAGAGACAAGGAAGGUUGUAGAGAAUUGGAUAUCGACGAAAUAACUGCGCAAGUUUAUAUUUUUUUCUUCGGUGGCUUCGACACUAGUUCGACUGCGAUGUCCUUUGCAGCUCACGAGAUCGCAGUUAACCCAGCUGUUCAGACCAAAUUGCAGCAAGAGAUCGACAAGGUUUUGAAAGAAUCGAAUGGAGAAGUGUCCUACGAAUCCAUUAACGGGCUCGAGUAUUUAGAUGCAGUAAUAAGCGAGGUCCUCCGAUUAUAUCCACCAGUCCCAUUCACAGAAAGAAUAUGUGAAAAGUCUUAUGAGUUACCACCUGCAUUGCCAGGCGAGAAAUCAUUCGUCGUGAAGAAGGAUAUGACUUUUUGUAUUCCAAUUUACGCGAUACAUCAUGAUAACAAGUACUACGAUAAUCCGGACAAAUUUUCUCCAGAAAGAUUUUUAAACAACAAAUUCCAUCUUAAUUCCUCACAUUACUUGCCAUUUGGAUUAGGACCAAGAAUGUGCAUAGCUAGCAAGUUUGCUAUACUGCAAGUCAAAGUUGUGCUGUUUCAUUUACUAGCGCAAUGUGAGCUGAAACCUUGCGCAAAAACUCCGUCCCCAUUGAAAUUUGCCAAAACUCUGACUUUGAUGCCGAAUAAUGGAUUCUGGUUAAACAUUCAACGUAGAAAAAAUAUGCAUCCUAUGUUGAAGUCUGCAAUAAAUGACUAAGUUUCAAAAAACAUUUUUGAUUGUAAUAACAUAAUAUUACGUUACUUUACAAUACGUAAAAGUUUGAAGCCUCGACACUAACACAUUAAAACUGCAAGUUUACUUGAUAUUUUACAAAUUCUUUAUUAUUUUGGAUUAAUUUAUUUACGUCGCAAACCGAAUAUUGUUCUUUAAAUAUUUUUCAGUCUUCUUAUUUUUACUACUUUGU